UGGUGCGUCGGGCAAUGUGAAAAAAAGUUUGGAGUGAGAUCCGUGUCUAGGUGUCAUUCUCUUCGUCUCUCCACUUUUGGCUUGUGACGGGACUCCUUCGGAGUUUAACGUCGCCUUAAAUCAGAUCUUUGCCUUUGAGGAGUCAGUGAACUCUAGAUAAGACACCAGGUGAAGUCACAGCAUCUCCUGCACCCUUCCAAGCGUGGUCCUCAUCUGCUGGCUGGGAUGAGGGGUCUCAGGGGCCUUUGUGUCCGGCUCCUGUUGGCCUUCUUCUCCACUGCCUUUGCUUUUUAUUUCCCUCCUCAGGUGGAGCAGCUGCCGAUCAUCACCGGUCAGACCUCAGGCUCUAUAAUUGCCUUGCUGUAUGAUGAGAGCUUCCUCUUUAAGUGUGAAGCUAAAGGCAAUCCAAGACCUACGUACCAUUGGACUAAGGAUGGAAUGGAUUUUGACCCACAUAAAGACCCUCGACUCACAACGGAUGAGAGCAGUGGGUCUUUUGUGAUACCUAAAAGUAAAGAUAAAGUGAAAUACCAGGGAAAGUACAGAUGUUAUGCCUCAAACAAGCUUGGAACUGCAAUAUCAGAGGAAGCAGAAUUUAUUGUGCCUACGGUACCCAAGUUUUCCAAAGAGAAGUUAGAGCCAGUGGUGGUUGCGGAGGGAGAUUCAGUGGUUUUGGAAUGCAACCCACCAAAAGGGAUUGAACCUAUACAGCUAUACUGGAUGACCAAAGAUCUUCGGCACAUUGAGCAGAAUGAGAGAGUGUCCAUGGCUCUCAAUGGGAACCUGUACUUCUCUAAUACACUGGCGACUGAUAGCCAUGACGACUACUGCUGUUUUGCCUCCUUUUCCAGGAUACGCACCAUCGUCCAGAAACCCAGCAUGGCACUGAGGGUCAGAACAAUAAAUUCAAGCCAUGGGGGCGAUAGCCUCAGUGUUCAGGAAAGGAAACCGAGAAUUUUGGAGCCCUCCAGUCAUAUGACAACCUACCUAAAGAAAGGAGAGGAGCUGGAACUGGAGUGUAUCGCAGAAGGACUGCCCACGCCGAUAAUAGAAUGGAAGAAGAUGACGGACAGCUUACCAAAGCGUGCAAAUAUCGUGAAGUAUGGAAAGCUUCUGAUAAUACCAGACGUCACAGAACAGGAUGAAGGAAAAUACAUGUGCAUGGCCAAGAAUUCUCUGGGUGAAGAUGUCCAUCAUUUUCACGUUGUUAUAGAGGAGCCCCCCAGUUGGCGGGAGGAGCCAGUGAAGAUUCAGUUGGCAGAGACUGGAUCUGACAUCCUUAUCAAAUGUUCUGCUACAGGAAAACCACAACCCACAAUCACCUGGAAGAGAAACGGCCGGCCCCUGGAUGAUUUCCCUUCUACCAAUCUCAAAGUGGUUGAUGACAGCAUCAUUAUAUACAGAGCCGAACAAAGGGACACUGCAGUAUACCAGUGUGAGGCCUCCAACAGACACGGGACGCUACUUGCUAAUGCUAAUGUCCUAGUCAUGAAUCAUCCCCCUUUCAUUCUGACACGGAAUUAUCUGGAGUAUGCAACCAUGUUAGGGAAGAGUCUGAUUAUGGACUGCAAUGUCUUUAGCUCUCCGCCCACCACCCCUCACUGGAGAAAAGAAGACCCAGAGGGCUCAGUAGAUGGGGAGAGAUUUUCUCUCCUAAAGAAUGGCUCCCUGCAGAUUCACAGAGUUGAGAUGGAAGACAUGGGCCAGUACAAAUGUUUGGCAAACAACUCCGAGGGCACAGCAAGCAUCACAGCUGAACUUUUCAUUAAAGAUUCAACUAGGAUUGUGGAACCUCCUCAAGACAUGAAGGUCAGAAGAGGAUCUAUGGCAGAACUGGAAUGCCAGGUCGAGUGUGACCCAACCCUCAGAAGAGAGCUGGAGAUCCUAUGGCUAAAGGAUGGGAUAGAUAUCCUCUCUAACUACACAGAAGACUCAGGAUAUUUCAUAGAGGAUGGAAUUCUCCAGAUUGUCAAUGUGAGCCACAGUGAUGAAGGAAAUUACACCUGCAUUGUUCGAACGUCAUUGGACCAGGAUAGGGCUUCUGCGUAUAUAACAGUGUUAGAUGUCCCAGAUCCACCGAUCCAAUUGACACUCUCUGAUAUGAAAGACCGCAGUGUGAUGCUCCAUUGGUUGGCUUCCAAUGAUCAUAACAGCCCCAUAACAGAGUUCAUCAUCGAGUAUGAAGAGAACCACUGGGAGCCAGAGAAGUGGAAGGAGCUUCUACGAGUCGCCAGCAUUCAGUACUCAGCCCCCCUGACACUAUACGGCCACAUUAACUACCAGUUCAGAGUCAUCGCUGUAAAUGCUAUGGGGAGAAGCCGUUCCAGCAUGCCCUCCAAAAGAUAUAAGACACCUCCUUGUGCUCCUGACAGGAACCCAGAAAACAUUAAGAUUGAGGGUCACCUGCCACAUCAAUUGGACAUCAGCUGGGAGCCGCUCUUGCCUGUAGAACACAACGGUCCCGGUCUGGAAUACAAACUGAGCUACAGGCUCCUGGGUGUUGAGGACAGUUGGACAGAGCAGAUGGUGAAGCGACACUCAUUUGUGGUGUCAGACACCCCAACAUUCGUCCCCUACGAGUUCAAGAUCCAGGCCCAUAACCACCAUGGGUGGGCUCCAGAACCCAAAGUGGUGACUGGUUAUUCUGGGGAAGACAUGCCCCUGGCAGCUCCUGAGAAUGUAUCAGUGAAGGUGUUGAACUCUACACUGCUGUGGGUCAGCUGGUCACCAGUGCCCCAGGCCGCUCUAAGGGGUCAUCUCAGAGGAUACAUGGUGCACUGGUGGCAAACUCAAAGUCUGUUGACCUCUAAGAGAAUCCCCUCAGAGAGACAGUCUCUCAGCAUCCCUGGGAACAGGAGUCACACCAUGGUGCCCGGACUGAAUCCAUUCUCUGAAUAUAGCCUGACUGUCAACGUCUUUAACAGGAGAGGCAAUGGACCCAGCAGCAAUCCUAUCUCUUUCACAACUCCGCAGGGAGUUCCUGAGCAACCUCCCAUAUUGAGAGCCACAAACUUUCAGAAAAACUCCAUCACGCUGGUGUGGGCGCCUCCGCAUGAAGCCAACGGCUUUCUCACGGGUUACUUGCUGCAAUACCAUACAAUUAAUGAGACCCAGGGCGGGCUUAACUCUGUGAACAUCAGUGCUCCAGAUACGACACAGUGGGUGUUGCAUGAUCUGCGGGAAGACAACUGGUACAAGUUCUACUUGAGUGCAUGCACGGAGGCGGGCUGCGGGUCAGCCGUCAGUGAGGAAGGAGGCACCGUUCCUGAAGUGUUUUCUACAACCUCCGCUGAGACUUCGACAGGGAGCAGGCAACCUUUCUCUUUCACCUCAUCUAAUACAGACACUCCUGUCAAUGCCACCUUUACUACUUUAGCCGUGCUCAAUAUAUCCACCUCUGUAAGUGACACCUUUGUGAGAAUCAGCUGGAGAACCAGAGAAGAACAUACUUAUUCAGAGAUCUAUGUUGCAAUAAUGAAUCAUCGUGAUGGUAUCUGGCAGGUUUCAGAGGCUGUAAACACAUCUAAAGGUUUCCACCUCAUUGAAGGGCUCAGCCUAGGCACUGUGUACACAAUCCGACUGCUGGCUUCAAGCAGGGUUCAUGUGUCUAGUAUUUUUGAAGAGGUUUUCGAGACCAGGAAAGUGUCCAGUAAACAAGCAGUGUCAUCUCAGGAUUGGUUUGUGGGGAUGAUGUGUGCAGUGGCUUUGCUAACUCUUUUAGUCCUCAUUGGCUGUUUUGUGCUCAGGAACAAAGGUGGCAAGUAUGCAGUGAAAGAAAAAGAGGAAUCUCCUGCUGAUCCAGAAUCUCAAGCCAUGAGCGAAGAAACUCCCUGCGAAUACAGUGACAAUGAUGAGAAACCUCUGAAGAGCAGCCAGCUAUUUUUCAUGGGAGACGAUGAUAGCUGUGAAGACUCUGUAAUAUCAGAGAAUGAGAACUGUGAGUUCAAUGAAGAUGGCUCGUUCAUCGGCGAGUACUCAGGUCACACACGUAGGGUGUUCACGGAAGUGAACGGACAGCCCCCAGUGACUGCUUAAGAUGCUGGUUCGUUCUUAUGGACUUUAAACAAUGUGACAGGGAGAAAGAAAAGUGUGUGUGUCUGUACCAUGAAUAUGCCUGUGUUUUUUAAGAGUUUGCUUUUGCAUGAAUGGCCACCUCUUUACAGCGUUAAUAUAAAGUGCGAUUACAGGGUAAAGAGAAAGCUCACGCAACCAUGACAAUUCUGUCAUUUACUCACCCUCAUAUUAUUCCAUUGAACACAAUAGGUGAUGUUUAGUAGAAUGUUUUCCAUACAAUAAAAGUGAAUGGUGACAAGGGUCAGGCUCCAGAAAUGAUAUAAAGCAUCAGAAAAAUACCAUAAAAGUAGUUCAAACCACUGUUUUGUGCACCUUAGAAUUAAUGUGGAUUGUGAGGUUGCGGUUGGAUUAGGUAACGUUUUCACUUUUCCUGCUGAAGAACAAUAAAUAAUUCAUGGCCUGUCUAAAGACAGAUGUCUUGACAGCACAAUUUUCGGUUACAUGUUAAAGUGUGUGGGCAAUCACGUAACCUCACUGUAUGCCUCUCAGCAAGAUAUUGACACAAUCAAACAAAACAAUUAUGUUCAGACUGUUCUAUGUAUCCUAGAAAAUAUAUUUCUGUUUAACCAUGCAUUUGAUCAAAACUGACAUUGGUGCUGCUAUGGCACAAAAAAACAUUUAAUGGAAAAGGUCAACAUCGAAUGGUUGGGUCCACAUUUUUGUCUUUGCACUAAUAGGGAAAAAUUGUAUAGAAUGUGUUCCACGAGUGUACAUGAGUAUUUCAGAGCACAUAAACGGCACAUUAGCCAUAAAGAGGUUUUUAUGUUUUCAAUUUUAAUCAAUAAUGUGCAUUAAUCAAGUCUGCCUUUUUGCUUUUUACAAAACGCUAUCAUUCAAGUAUGAUAAAGCCCUUCUAUAUAUUCUUAUUUUGUUUCAAAAUGAUGUGAUUUUCAAACAUGACAUCACCCUUAACAUAUGUAUUAUUACUGUUAAAAAACAACCCUUCUGCUGAUAUAUGAGAUGAUAAUUUAUAAGACUUUUGUUAUUUUUCUACAAAUUUAAGUGAGCAAUUCCACUGUAGACAUAGUUUCUGUUUAUUUUAGAAAUGUUCUUCUGUUGCACUGUACAUACUGUAGAUAACAGAUUUGUUUUUAUUUCUCUUUUUGCUUUUUGUGUUUUGUGCAUUUCAUUCUGCCUGAAAAUUGUACUGCUUAUACUAAAGACUUAUUAAAGAAUAUUCUGAGCAAAAUAUUCCUUCACAUUGUAUUACAAGUACUGUGCAGAUCUGAGGAACAUGUUUAUUCACACAUUUGCAAUUUGUAUUCAUGCAUAAAAUUGCUGUAAAAUGUUGAUUCUGAAGACACAUAUUUUGUUAUACCGAACUUUUCAGUUUUCACCACAGAAACAUGUAGGACAAUAAACAGACUUUUAAACA